UGUAUCUGCAAGAUUAAGGACACAAAAUGCGAAUCCUUCCCAAAAUAACACUCCUCAAAGCUCUAGAGCUCCUGCACCCCAAAACACAACUCAGAUUAACGCUCAAACUUCAGGUUCAAUCGCAACCCAAACUUCAGGCAGCUCGGCGUCCCAGAGUGCAGCUCAGAGUACAAGCACAGCUCAAACUCAAGGCACCCAAGGCAGUUCAGGGUCCCAAAGUGCAAAUGCUUCCCAAAAUGUAACACAGAAUCCAGCUUCAAGUACUGCUGCUCCAGAAAAGAAACAGCUAACUGCAGAACAGCAGAAGGAAAAAAAGGAGUUUAUAGAACGUCAAAAGAAGGAAUUAGAUAAACUCAGGGACCUGGCCGACCAAACUGAGAUGAUGAUUUUCAAAGCAUUUCCGUUUCAAGAGGCGAUCAUUUUAGGAAAUUUCUUUGCCAAGUUUCCCAACACUACAAAAACUAUACGUAUAUUUACCAGCAGCACAUUUACAGAUACAAAAUAUGAAAGAAAUUUUUGGAUGGCCAAAGCCUACCCGAAAAUAAAGGAUCACUGUUUCCAGAGGGGGUAUGAGUUUCAGGUGGUGGACAUGAGGUGGGGGGUCCGUCAGCAAGCAACGGAUGAUCACAUGACCACCGAGCUAUGUAUGCACGAACUUCAUCAAUGUCAGCAAAUUUCAAAGGGACCAAGUUUUAUAUCUCUUUUCGCCCACAAAUAUGGCUACCGGUCUUUAUCCCGAGUUAUUGAUGCUAGGGAAUUCAGGAAGAUACGAUCAGAGAUAAAAGAACCAGCUGAUCUGGAGCUCAUGGCUAGAUGGUACGAGGAGGACAAAAACGCUGUUCCAGAAGUUUAUGUAUUAAAACCCAUCAGCAGAAAUAUCCCAGAUUUCCUGUCAAAAGACUUUGAGAAACAGAAGUCUGCGAAAUCCCAAUUCUGGACCGAGAGCGAAAAGCUCAUGGAAAUCAUUGUCCGCGGAGCCACGCUAGGCCUCGACGACAAAGAGGCAGCAAAGUAUAAAGUGUCAGUGACAGAAAUGGAGACAGAAUCUGGGUUAAAGGAAAAGGACAACAAUAAAAAGUGCUACUGGUUUAGAAAAAAAUUCCGGGAUAUUGAGAAACAAGAACCCAAUUAUACACUAUCUAGAUAUAUUGAAUGCUUGGGAGACGAUGAUGUAUGGAAAACAGCCAGAGAAAAGAACAAAGCCCUACAAAAACGAAUGGAGGAGAAGAUAAAUCCAGAUAACAUUUACACGUACGAGCUGGACUGGACAGAGAAAGGGAUUGAUCCAAACAACAAGGAACAUGCUGAAUAUUUAGAACAGAUAACUGAGGACUUUCAGACUCAAAUGAUAAUUUCAAUCGACGAAGCAAUCAACGAAAGAGAGAGCAACAAGAAAAUGUACCUGAAUCCAGAGCAUGAGGAAUUUAUGAGACAUGCUGCAUUGGUGGAAGAAAAGUCUGCAGGAAUCAGGGGUCGUGAGGAAUUUGUAAAGAAAAUCAAAGACUAUGUGCUUGGAGACAGCAAGGAAGUACUUGUCGUUCACGGCGAAUCUGGAUGUGGGAAAACAUCUAUCAUGGCAUUAGCGGCCAAAGAGGCAUUCAGUUGGAUACAUGGUCAAGGCAUAGUGGUCAUGAGGUUUCUAGGUUCCACCCAGGAGAGUUCCAAUCUUCUCACUCUUCUUCAGUCAAUAAUAUCUCAGGUGUACCGAUUCUUCAGAUUACCACAAGUUAAGUCUCAGGAUAUACAAGUUCUCAUCAAGCAAUUUCGGACCUGUAUGGCAUUCUUUUUUUUGAAAAAGAAGAAGGUCGUUCUGUUCAUUGACUCCAUUGAUCAGCUAGAAUCAGCACACAAUGGACGCGUGGUCAGUUCCUGGCUACCGAAGCGUCUGACAAAUGGUACAAAAAUCAUCGUCUCCACUCUUGAUCAACCAGAGUUUGGAGUGUUCCCAGACAUCAAGACCAUUUCUUCUGAACAACAUUUUCUUCGCGUCCCUUUGCUGACGGUAUCAGACCGAAAGGAUAUCCUGGACCAUUUCUUCCAGACAAAUAACAGGACACUGAAUGAUGCACAACGCACAUAUGUUUUGGAAAUGUUUGACAAAUGUCCGCUUCCUCUUUUUAUCAAACUUUCUUUCCGAGAGGCAAUUGAAUGGACAUCAUUUCGACCUAUUGAAGAGUGUCGUCUGCAAGAUACUAUUCGAGGGUGCAUAGAUAAGUUAUUUGAAAAGAUGGAAACCAAACAUGGCUAUGUAUUUGUGUCAAGGACACUUGGAUAUAUCACAGCAGCAAAGCACGGUGUGUCAGAAUUUGAACUUGAAGACAUCUUGUCCUGUGAUGAUGACGUGUUAAAUGACGUUUAUCAAUUUUGGACUCCUCCAAUUCGAAGGCUUCCACCACUAUUGAUAGUACGCCUUCGAUAUGAUCUGCGUCGCUAUCUUGUAAAUCGAGGAGAUUCAGGGAUCCAGAUUUUAAGUUGGUAUCAUCGUCAGUUUUGGGAGGCAGCGGAAGAUAGAUACACCAAAGAUGAGUCAACACAACAACAGCUCCACACUGGUCUGGCGGAUUAUUUCUUAGGGAGAUGGGCAGAAAACACUCCGAAACCAUUUACGGAUAAAAAUGGAAAAGCAGAGGAAAUUCGAUAUGUUGCAAGUCAGCCAAUUCAACUUGGAAAUCAAAUCAACGAGAGGAAAAUGAAAAGCCUUCCUUAUCAUCUGGCCAAAUCGAAAAACCUAGAGGAUCUCAAGAAAUAUUGUCUUCUGAACUUUGAUUUCCUCAUUCACAAAUUACUGUGCCUUCCAACUGAAGACCUCUUGGAAGACUUUGCCUUGGCUCGAAGCUUGUUCCCUGGAGAGGAUGACCUACAGAUGCUGUCUCAGGCGAUCAAUUUGUCGUCUGCUGCUCUUUCUCUUGAUCCUCGACAGCUUCCGUCACAUCUGUUGGACCGACUUGAAAACUCGGAG